UUUCCAGGGAAAUUCACAAGAACCAGUGCACCAUUAUACUAGAGUCAGAUUUCAAAUCCAUUAAGGAGCUUUGGCUUCCAAUGCCUGUUACUCAGCACUGGUUUUCCUUCUGUGGCAGAUCUUCUCUUUAUUCAUUGCUUGCCCACACACCUCUGGAUUUUCUGCAUCUCCUGCACUACUCGUGAUACUGGCUGAAAGAAAACUAUAAUAUAAAAAUGAUGCCACAAUAGUUGAAUACACUGACCUGGAGCUUCUUUAUUUCAGUAGAGAUAUAAAACAGAUAAAUCAGGCUUUUUUUUUUUUUUUUUCACCUGAAAUACAGAAACUACCUGAUGGCUUUAAUGAAAGUAUUUUAUUAAAAGACAUCUCUCCUUCUAGCCUUCAUUCUCAUUACGUUUUUGUCGCAUUAGUCAUCUGGCACCUCUGCUGGAAGGUGAAUCCUUCUCCAGGCUUGUGGCAGAACUGGGGGAGGCAGCAGGACCUGGGAAGACUGAGACAAGCUCAGCCCAGGGCCCCAGUGCUGAGAAGGGAAUGCUCAUCAUCUUGUGCUAUGAGGUGAAUGGCUCCUGCUAUGGAACCCACCACAUCUUUGGGAUCCACCUGGCCUUUUAUCUGGCCUGUGCCUUGGGCACACUGAUCACAGUGCUGAGGAAUCUGCCUGUCAUAGCUGUCAUUUUGCAAUUCAAAGCUCCACCAACCAACCACCAACACACCUCCACCAGCCUCCAGCACCUCUCUCUCACCCUUGCUCCCCUCCUCCUGGGGCUGACCAUGCUGCUCUUCAGCACCAAUCAGUCCGUAAAGAGCUGCUGGUAUUUCAGAGAUGACUUCUGUAGGCUGCACACCUUUCUGGGCACACUCUUUAGGUUGACAUAUGCAUUUCAUCUGUAUUUAAUUUCCAUUGAUUAGUACUGUGCCAUCUAUGACCCUUUGCUCUACCCCACCGAGUUCACCAUAAGAGUGGCGUGUGUUUACACUGGGGUGAGGUGGGCAGUGCCUAUAGUUUACAUGUCUCCCUUCCUCUGCACUAAAGUGAUUGCAGAAGAACUGGGCCAUUUUUUGCAAGACAUGCCCUGUGUUGGCAGCUGUCAGCUGCUGUUCAACAAGCUCUGAGAGUGGCUGAACUUCCCAGUAUUCUUCUUUCCUUGCCUCACAAUUAUGGUUUUGUAUGUAAAACUAUUUACUGUGGCUAACAAGAAAGCCAGGUUGAUGAACAACAUGAGUAGGAGUCUAGGGUCUCAGUUACAUGUGGGAGCAUUCAAGAGUGCUAAAUGGUAA